UGGUGCACAGAACAUUAUAGGAAUUUUGUUAAAAUAAUAUAUGUUUUAUUAUAUAGUUUUGGGGAGAUGAGUGAUUUUAGAUUCUGGUCCUUUAUUCUGGAACAAUCUCUAUUAUUUUUUUGUUUUUCUAUAUUGACAACUUAUAGUCAAUAGACAUCAUAAGUCAACAUGACAAUUUAGAUAUAACGUCUCCCUUAUCAUCACUUUUAUAUGAAUAAUUUGAAUAGUUUUUUGAUUAUACUAUAUUUGAUAGGUUCUUCAUUUAUUAUGUUCAGUCAAUCCAGCUGCUAAAAAAAGACACAGAUUUAGAAAAGUAACAGUCUAGUUGUUAUGAUUACUAAAGCUAAAAAGAGAAAAGAAAAGAAAAAAAAUCCCGCUUAGACAGUAUCUUUAAACGCUUUUUAGUAAGGCAGAAUAUCAAACACCUGGUGCGUGCUGGGUACACUUCCACGCCCGCGGCCACUCUGGCCAAUAAGCGAGCGCAGCGCCGUUACGUCAUCAGUCAUCUGUGUUGAUUACGUGUAGCUCGCCAUCUAAAAACACCAGCUAGCAGCUUAAACGAUACUGUAAAGAAAUGUGAUUAUUCGCGUUUCUUUCGCUUUUUCAGAUGUUUAUUGACGACAUGGUGAAACAAACAAGCGUCGACUCCUAAACGGCGCUGACGAAUAUUUCAAUAAGGAGAACACGACGUUGCCUGAUGGAUCCUGCAGUAUGAAGAAGCUCUUUGGAGCCUCAUAAGGACUCUCAGAUCAAGGAGCUGUAAACUCUAUGCCUCCGUCAGCGUCACACGCUCCCAAAACUGCAAAUUCCCAUCAGUAAGAGAGCCUGAAGGCAGCAGUAUGUUUGCCAAACUAAAGAAAAAGAUUGCAGAGGAGGCGGCCACAUCGCCCCGGACCGGAGUUCGGAUACCUCGCACCAUCAGCAAGGAAUCCAUCACUUCAGUGGGGGCCGACUCGGGAGAUGACUUUGCGUCUGACGGCAGCAGCUCCAGGGACGACCUCCCGGCUCAGAUCCUCAGAAGAAACGAUCAGAUCAGAAAGCUGGAGGCCAAGCUGUCAGAUUAUGCUGAGCAGCUGAGAAUUUUGCAGAAGACCAAGGACAAGCUUGAAAUUGCAUUAGAAAAGCAUCAGGAUUCAUCCAUAAAAAAGCUUCAAGAACAGAAUGAGUCUCAUCAAGCCACCAGAGCCAAAAUGGCCGAGGGAAUGACAUUAGCUUUAGAAAAGAAGGAUCAGGAGUGGAUGGAGAAGAUGGAAACUGUUGAAAAAGAAAAGGCCGCCCUGUCAGCUCGGCUUGAGGAGAUGAUGGAACAAAGCUUAACGCUUUUCCAGAAAAGGGAUGACCUGGACGAGCUGGAGGGCUUUCAGCAGCAAGAGCUGGCUAAAGUUAAACAUAUGUUACUAAGGAAGGAGGAGUUGCUCAGCCAGCGGGAGCAGGAGCUUCAGCAGAAGGAGGCUGAAGCUCAGUUGGUGAAACAAGAGCUAACUGAAGCUCGGGGGAAACUGCAGACUCUACAGCUACAGCACGAGGAGAGCUGUAGACUCAACUCAGAGCUGGAAAUUGAACGAGAGGAGCUCCAGCUGCUAAAAGAGGAGGCGGACAAGAAGAUCAGCGAGCUGGAAGGUCGAUGUCAAGACCUGCAGUCAGUCAUCCAGCAGUCACAGGGGAUGGUGUUAACUUUAGAGAAGUCUCUCAACAAUCUGCAGGCUGAGAAUGAAAACCUGAAGCUCCAGCAACAAAAGGCUGCAGUAACAGGAGAGGACAAAGACCGCAUGGUGAUGGAACUUCAGAAGAAGGUGUCUUCCUUGGAGAGAUGGUUGCAAUCGAACCUGAGCCAGAAUGAGCAUCUGCAGGAGCUUCUCCAGGAGAAGUCCAGUUUGGAUUCGAGCCUGGAAGAGACCAGAGCAGAACUUCUAGCUGUUAAAACAAACCACGCUGACACUGUCAACUCUCUGGAGACUCAGGUAUCAAAGUCGAACUGCACCAUCAAAGAGCUGCAGACUCUGCUGCGACACAAAGACGACUCCUCCAGGGCUUACAAAGAGAGAACAGACUCACAAAUUACAAACUUGGAGCAGCAGAUUGUAAAGAGUGGUGAGAAGCUGCAGAGAGCAGAGCAGCAGAUGACAGAAAAGCAGCAGUACAUGGAGAGAAUGCAAGGGGAGUGGACGGCAGAAAAGGCCUUUCUGGACCAGCAGGUGUGUUUGCUGCAGCAGCAGAAUGAGGAGAAGGUCAACAGGCUGGAAGACAGCAUCACCUCCAUGCAGACAGACAGGCAGACGCUCCUGGACAGGCUGGCUCAUCUGGAUAAAGAACUUUCUGCAGCAAACUCUAUGUUGAGAGUUCAGACAGAAGAGCUGGAGCAGUGCAAGGCAGAGCUCAACAGCAGGCAGAUGGUGAGCACAGAAAUCGCCAAAGCUCUGGAAGAAAGCAGACGACAGAAGGAGGAUCUGCAAACACAGGUGGGAGAGCUGAACAUCUCUCUGCAGAGCUCACAGCAGGAGCUGGCCGACACCACUGAGAAGCUAACUCUGAGAGAGGCGGACAUCAAAGCGCUUGAGAACGAGCUGCAGAGCCGGCAGGACUCGCUGCUGCAGCUGCAGGAGGAGGUGCAGCGUCUGCAAGCUCAGCUGCAGCAGACGGAGGCGGACCGAGACUCCCAGCUGAUGAGCCUCAGGGAGGAGCUGCUGAGUCAGACGCAGCAGCUGGACAGCUGCCAAGCACGGAUUUCUUAUCUGGAAGUGGAGGUGGAAACCCUGACGGAGCAGCUGCACAGCCCUGCGGUGUGUGAGGACGAGCAGAACGGCAGCGUGACCGUGGACGACCUGGACCACAUCCACAGGGUGAACCGGGAUCUGGAGCAGCAGCUCAGCGACAAAAACAGGACGAUCAAGCAGCUGCAGCAAAGACUGGCAGAGCUGAAGAGGACGCUGCAGAAAGAACUGAAAAUCAAGCCUGAGGCUGAAGCUGAAGGGAAGGAGAAACUGCCAGAGAGCCGGGCUGAAAAACAGCAGGAGAGGUUAAAUCAAGAGCCUCCACCCUUACCCCCUCCACCAUCGGCUCCCAGCCCCCCCACCUCUAACACUACGGUGACAAACACAUCAGACCUCAAUGACUCACAAGAAAUCAACUUUGAGUACCUCAAGCAUGUGGUCCUGAAGUUCAUGUCGUCCCGAGAGGCUGAGGCGUACCAGCUGAUCCGAGCCGUGUCUGUGCUGCUGCACUUCACCCGAGAAGAGGAGGACAUGCUGAAGCAAACUCUGGAGUACAAGAUGUCCUGGUUUGGAUCCAAGCCGAGCCCGAAAGGCAUCAUCCGCCCGUCGAUCUCAGGCAGCUCCUUCCAGUGGAGCUGAUGAGGAGUGAAGAUGAAGAGGAGGAAACAAAGGAGUGACUGGAGUCACUGAACUUUAAAAAAGCCUCCUGCACCUUUUUUAAUGACUUUACAGUUAAUCUCUGUAAAGUGGGAGACAGACACUGAGCUGCACAAUAUCUUAAAGGGAAAUGGGGGAUCAUUUUAUCCAAAUAUUUCCUCAUUAGCUGAGGUGGAUAUCCAACUGAGAAUUUCUUUUUAUGGAUUGACAAGAAAGUGUAUUAGUAUUAUAAAUUAGAGAAAAGCAUGUAUGGAUUCUCCAACUGUAAUCACAGGAAAUCUUCCUUUUGGUUCCAACGUGACUCCUUGUGACUGGAUCAUCUUUGAAUGUCAGAGGAUCUAUGGGUUGUUUCUCUUGAUCAUUUUAAAAAUGCAUACGGCUUUUUUUAUGCAAAUAUGUCCCAAAAAUCCACAGGACCUGAAAGCUGUCAUGACCUCAGCUGUCCUUAUAUCAUUUACACUUCUUACAGAGAUCUAACCUGACUGUACAUGAAGACACGGUAACUCAAACACGGCAAUAUUAUGUGCUAUGGAUUCUGCAAAGAAUCAGUGACAUUUCCGAAUAAAUACUUGAAAUAUUACAGAAGAAACUUUGGUUUUUAGGGAGACAUUUGAGUCUUUUGUGUAGCAUUAUUUUAACAUGUCACACAUCCAUCUGAUGAUCCGUCUGUAUAUUAAGCUACAAACCGUUUAGCCUACUUUUGAAAUGACAGAUAUCUGUCUGUAGUCUCUGAGGCUGUUUGACUGUUUCUGUCACCACCUGGCCCACUCCUAAAGCUCCUGUCAGCUGUGGUCAACCCAGUGGGUGAAGAUCCUUUCAUGGUUAUGAUGCCAAACUACCUGCUAGCUGUUCUAGAUCUUAUAGCUCAGUCCAAAUGAAAUCAACCCUGUUCAGACAAUUAUACUGUAUGUAAUGAAAAAAAGUGAAGGCUGUGUUUAUGAUUGGAGUGGGGGAUUGUCCCACUUUUAGCUGCUUUUGCUAAUGUAAAUAAAUUUACAUUCCAUGUGUUUAUUUAUGUAAAGUAAAAUGUAUAUAUGGCAAGCUUUGAAAACUUUAUAAAUCAUUGGAUGUACAUGA